CAAUAUUCUUCACCACCUCUCAUCCUUGCUCUUGUUUGUUCCUUUUAUUGUUUCUUUCUUGAUCAUGUCGCUUGUUGGUAAAAUUAGUACUGAAAUUGGGGUUCAUGCAACUGCUGCAAAGUGGUUCAACCUCUUUGCAACGCAGCUCCAUCAUGUUCAAAACCUUACUGAUAGAGUGCAUGAAACCAAGCUGCAUCAUGGUGAUGACUGGCAUCACAACGAGUCGAUCAAACACUGGACUUGUACAAUAGAUGGUAAGAUUACAACAUGUCUGGAGAGUAUUGAAUCCGUUGAUGAACCGAACAAAACAAUCACCUACAAGCUCUUCGGAGGAGAUAUUGGUCAUAAGUAUAAAGUCUUUAAGCUCAUUUUUCAAGCUAUUGACACCGAUCAUGGGGGUGUUAUUAUCAAAUGGACCGUUGAAUAUGAGAAGAUUGAUGAGAAUGUUGAUCCUCCGUAUGGCUACAUCGAAUACCUGCACAGUGGCAGUAAACAGAUUGAUGGCAAUCUUCUCAAGCCAUAGCUCCAAAAGUUAUGCAGAAAAUAAUUAAUAAGUAAGAAAUAAUUGGCUUGGCCUUAGAAUAUAUAGUGCUUGUCUAGUUAUCAGUAUAAUCGGUGUGAUGUUUGACGAUCGAGAAAGAUGCUUACCUAGAUCGUUCGUUUUGCAUGGAAUAAAUUUGGAAGUGUGUUAAAUUAUGUUAUAUAUAGUGCUCAA